AUGGCGUAUCAAAGAGACAACGAACGGGAAACCUAUAAUUGGGCCAUGGUCAAUGAAUUACGCAGGCUUAAUGACAACCUCGACGAAUUGAGACAAAUCUCCCGGACCUCUCUUGUGCCGCGCAAUAGCUACAACAACCCCAACGGCUACAACCCCCAGCAAUCCGAUGGCGGCUCUUACAGAACCCAGGGCUUAAUAAGACGUAUUAAUAAUACCGAUGACGAGGUUUUAACCCUAUCAGACCGCUCGUCAGCGUACGGUAGACCUUCAUAUUCGAUUCCAUCCUCGUCAAGCCAAGCCACCAUGACCAGCCGAUCAUCCAACGCAUCUAAAAGAGAGAGAGCUUUGAACGGAAGCGAUAGAGUUGCAAAAUACUUGAUGGCUGGCGGCACAGCAGCAGUGCCAUUUUCUUUACUUGACCUAUCUGGGACAACAACGAUUGCUUCAGCUGGCGUAGCCGCAGUCGGGGGCGCAUUGCAGCUGGCGGUUUGGUUUUGCAAGAAAUGCAAUAGACAGUAUGAGAGAGCUAAGGUGUCUAUUUCAGAGAAAAAGGCCAGUGUGAAGCAUCGGAUGGGUCUUUGUGAUGGGUGUUGGAGGUGUAUGGAUUGA